AUGACUUCAACCGAUAACUACCUGGCCAUCCCGGGCUCCGUGGCCUUCUCCCGUUCUCGUGGACAUGCUGUUGCUGCCAGCAUUGGUGUCCAGGAUGUUCGAGCCCAGUGGAUUCACUAUGUGCACACCACCCAACCGUUGGACGAGCCACAGCGUGCCGUGCUUGAGCAAUUGCUCCGGUACGGUGAUAUUACGGACGUCCCUCCCACCUUCGAGUCCACCGACGGUCAAUUCGAUACCUUCUACAUCUUCCCACGCACCGGUACCAUUUCGCCGUGGAGCUCCCAGGCAACAGGCAUUUCGCACGUCUGUGGCCUGCAGAAGUACGUCAAGAGGAUUGAGCGGGGUAUGAAGAUUUCCUGCCUUCGGAACAGUGCGGAGGAUUACAAGUCGGAUUAUAUGGAUGUCCUCCAUGAUCGGAUGACUCAAAUCAUCGGUAACGAUGAGCCCGAUCUGAAGCUGAUGUUCUCCGAGCACGCUCCCCAACCCCUCAAGACCAUCUCCCUCCAGGGCGGCACCAAGUCCCCCAAGGAGAUUCUUCAAGAGGCAAACAUCGAGCUGGGUCUGGCCCUGGACGAAUCAGAGAUCGAUUAUCUGGCUGAGGCAUAUGGCCCCAACGGCGCCAUUGCUCGUGACCCCACUGAUGUCGAGCUGUUCAUGUUUGCUCAGGUCAACUCGGAGCACUGCCGACACAAGCAGUUCAAUGCUUCCUGGGUGAUCGAUGGCAAGCCGAUGCCCAACAGCCUUUUCGCCAUGAUCCGCAACACACACAAGAAGCACCCGGAUCACACCGUCAGUGCCUACAGUGACAAUGCCGCCGUGCUGGAGGGUCCCGAGGCCGCUUUCUGGGCCCCCAACCCAACCACCGGAGAAUGGAUGCACACCAAGGAAGUCGUUCACUUUUUGGCCAAAGUUGAAACUCACAACCACCCCACUGCUGUCUCGCCCUACCCUGGCGCAGCUACCGGAUCCGGUGGAGAGAUUCGUGACGAGGGAGCCGUCGGUCGUGGAUCGCGCCCCAAAGCUGGGCUCUCUGGCUACUGUGUGUCUGAUCUGUUGAUUCCGGACCUGAAGCAGCCUUGGGAGCUCGAUGUGGGCAAGCCGAACCAUAUUGCCAGUGCCUUGGACAUCAUGAUGGAGGCACCCAUUGGCAGUGCUGCCUUCAACAACGAGUUCGGUCGCCCUUGCAUCGGUGGAUACUUCCGUACUUUACUCACCGAGAUUGAUGUCGGCAAUGGCGAGAAGGAAGUGCGAGGAUACCACAAGCCCAUCAUGAUUGCUGGUGGUGUCGGCACUGUCCGCCCUCAACAUGCCAUCAAGCACCCCGAGGUUGUCAAGCCCGGUGCUUUCCUCGUUGUACUCGGUGGACCCGCUAUGCUUAUUGGUCUUGGAGGUGGUGCUGCUUCCAGUAUAGCUUCUGGUGAAGGAUCCGCCGACCUCGACUUUGCCAGUGUUCAAAGAGGCAAUGCUGAAGUCCAGCGGAGAGCCCAGGAGGUUAUUAAUGCCUGUGUGGCCAUGGGAGACAACAACCCCAUCAAGUUCAUUCACGAUGUCGGCGCUGGUGGUUUGUCCAACGCGCUCCCCGAGCUGAUUCACGACUCAGGCUUGGGUGCUACCUUUGAGCUUCGUGAGAUUGACAACACCGACCGCAGCAUGAGCCCCAUGCAAAUCUGGUGCUGUGAAGCCCAAGAGCGCUAUGUCAUGGCUGUUGGUGAAGACAGCAUGAACAAGUUCACUGCUAUCGCCCAGCGCGAGCGCUGUGGCUUCUCCGUUGUUGGCCGCGGAGGUGGCACCUCCGAGGAGGAGAAGAGACUCAUUCUCCUCGACCGCGAGUCCAAGGAAUACCCAUCCCCCAUUGACCUGCCUCUGUCCGUUCUCUUCGGAAAGCCCCCGCGCAUGACCCGAACUGUCGAUUCGCGGAAGCUUAAGCUGCCCGCCGUCGACUCCAGCCUCACCAAGUAUCUUCCAUCUCUUACCUCCAAGGUGGAGCUUGUUGAUGAAGCCGUCAAGAGAGUCUUGUCUCUGCCCGCAGUUGGCUCCAAGUCUUUCCUGAUUACCAUCGGUGACCGCACCGUCGGCGGUCUCACAGCCCGUGACCAGAUGGUCGGCAAGUGGCAGACUCCCGUGUCGGAUGUUUCCGUCACUGCUACCUCCCUGGCUCAGGGUAUGAAGACCGGUGAGGCUUUCGCCAUGGGUGAGAAGCCUACCCUGGCUUUGAUUUCCGCGGCUGCUUCUGCUCGCAUGGCUGUUGCUGAGUCCCUCAUGAACUUGGCUGCCUCUGAUCUUGUGGAGCGUCUCAGCCAAGUGAAGCUCUCAGCAAACUGGAUGUGUGCUGGUAGCCACCCUGGUGAGGGAGCUGCUAUUUACGAGGCCGUUGAGGCUAUUGGCUUAGACCUUUGCCCGAAGCUUGGCAUCAGUAUCCCCGUAGGCAAGGACUCUAUGUCCAUGAAGAUGAAGUGGAAGGACGAGGCUUCCAACGAGGCCAAGGAGGUCACUGCCCCCAUGUCCCUUGUCGUCUCUUCCUUCGCCCCCGUUGGCGAUAUCAGCAAGACCUGGACCCCAGCUCUUCGCAGAUUCGAAGACGUUGGUGAGACUGUCCUCAUGUUUGUCGAUCUCUCGUUCGGCCGCAAGACCCUUGGUGGAUCCGCUCUUGCCCAGGUUUUCAACGAAGUUGGUGCCGAGUGCCCCGACGUUCGUGACGUUGAUAUCCUGCGCGACUUCUUCGAUGCUACUCAGCAACUCCAGGAAUCCGGAAUUGUCCUGGCCUACCACGACCGCUCCGAUGGUGGUCUUCUGACUACCCUUGUCGAGAUGAUGUUCGCUGGCCGUUGCGGUGUUGAGAUCAUGCUCGACAACAUUUGCUCCUCUUUCCACACCCAAGAUGUCAUCGAGUCCCUCUUCAACGAAGAGCUCGGUGCUGUCUUCCAGGUCCGCAAGGAGCACGAGAUCCAGUUCCGCUCAUGCUUCGCCACCUGCGGUCCUCCUCCUGGUCUGAUUCACAAGAUCGGACGAGUCUCUGAGCAACCCAAGCAGAAUCUUGUGAUCUACCACAAGGCCUCCCUUGUCUACCGCAACACCCGUUCCAACCUCCAGCAAACCUGGGCCAAGACCUCCUACCACAUGCAGAAGAUGCGUGACAACGCCGACUGUGCCGAGCAGGAGUAUGCCAACAUUCUUGACGAUGCAAACGCUGGUCUCUCGUGGAACCCUACCUUUGACCCCAAGGACAAGGGCUUGCCCAUGAUGACCAGCCUUUCCCAGUACUCUCCCUUCGCCAACAAGCCUCGCGUUGCCAUUCUUCGCGAGCAGGGCGUUAACAGUCAAGCCGAGAUGGCCUUUGCCUUCAACACCGCUGGCUUCUCCGCCGUCGAUGUUCACAUGACCGACAUCAUUUCUGGCCGUGUUUCCCUUGCCAGCUUUGCCGGUCUCGCGGCCUGUGGUGGUUUCUCAUACGGUGACGUCUUGGGUGCCGGUCAGGGCUGGGCUAAGUCUGUUCUGCUGCACGAGAACACCCGCAAGGAGUUCCAAUCCUUCUUCGAGCGACCCGAUACCUUCGCUCUGGGUGUCUGCAACGGUUGUCAGUUCCUGUCUCGUGUCAAGGAUCUGAUCCCGGGUGCCGACUACUGGCCUAGCUUCGAGCGCAACACCAGCGAGCAAUACGAAGGCCGUGUCUGCAUGGCCCGCAUCUCCGACCCCGACCCCUCCAACCCCAGUGUCUUCUUCCACGGUAUGGAUGGUACUUCGCUCCCUAUUGCCGUUGCUCACGGCGAGGGUCGUGCCUCCUUCGCCGGCUCCCGGGGUAUCUCGGCCUCCGACUUCGUUCGCGAGGGUCUUGCCCCCGUUCGCUUUGUCGACAACAACUCCCUCAAGCCUACCAUGAAGUAUCCCUUCAACCCCAACGGCUCUCCCGAGGGUAUUGCUGGUAUUCGCAGCCCUGACGGUCGUGUUUUGGCCAUCAUGCCUCACCCCGAACGUACUGUUAUGAACGGCAUUGCCAGCUGGCUUCCCCCGAACGCCGAGAACUGGGGCGAUAUUGGUCCUUGGGGACGUAUCUUCUACAGCGCCAGACGCUGGGUCGGCUAA